AUGUCAGACGAGGGAAGGAAGAGCAGACUCUCGGCCAGACCAGAUGAAAGAGCAGAAAAGAGGCAGAGCAGAAGCUUCACAGAGCAGAACACGCACACACGUACACGAAAGCAAAAAACAGAAGGAGAGAAAAAGAAAAAUCAUGCAAGUUAUGGCAGAAGCAGACUAAAACACAAAAAAAAGAGAGAGGAGAAGAGCAAAAAUGCAGCCAUGCAAAGACACACACUCACACAAACACAGAGAAAAAGCACCACACUUUUCGGCCGAAAAGGAGGAAGGCAGAAAAGAGGAGAAACACAGGAGCAGACGCAGAAGAAAAAAGAAGAAGAAGAGAAGCUUUCAGCCAUGCACAGCAAAGAACAGAGGCUGAGAGAAAGAAGCAGAACAGGAAGAGAAGAGAGGAGACGGACAGAGACAGAGGAACGAGUGUUUUCUGAAAAGAAAGCAAAGACUAAUAGAAAGAAGAAACGAAGAAAGGAGAAGGAGAGGCGACGGGAAACUGAACAUGAAAACAGAGACAGCCAGAAAGAGGAAACCGAAAUCAGAGGGGAAGAUUUCUGGAAAGACAAAGAGGAGAGAAUAGAGGCUGAGAUCAGAUGUAGAAGUUGGCUUAAAAAAAGGGAGAAAGGACCUGCGUUUUUUCAGAGAGCGAAGGAAGGAGACACGCUACCCAGGUUCUUUAAUCUGCUUGCUUCUAAAUUUGGAAUGCUCUAUGUUUGA